AUGUUCAGUAUGAUCGGCGGGGCCUCCAGUAGUGUAUGUGCGCGCGUCAGGAAUUUGUGUCGUGGUCUAUCGACACAACCUCUAAAAUCCCAAUAUGACGUAGUCGUUGUUGGUGGUGGAAUGGCCGGCUUCGGUUUUACUGCGUUUGCAGGUUUACACCCAAUGUUACGCAACAAAAAGAUCUUGGUAAUCGAAGCUGGACCUAAGAAAAAGUACAUCAAGACUGAAAAUCACAACAUUCGUGUUGUGGCUCUUACUCCUAUCAGUCGAACCCUACUUGAAAGCGUUAACGCAUGGGAUCGAAUCGAAAAAACUCGAUUUCAGGCCAUUCACAAGAUGAAGGUAAUUGAAAAUGGAACAACGGCAAACCUUCUUCUUGAAAGGGCAGAUCCAAAGGACGUCAUGGGCUAUAUAGUAGAGAAUGAUCUAGUUGUAGACAGUCUCUUAAAAACUGUGGAAGUACUUGCUGCUGAAUCUGGCUCAAAAUCACGCCCGGGUUCCGUCGAAUUUAUCUUUAAUUCUUCUGUUAAAGAUCUUCACUUGCCUAAGACCUUUGCAGAUAGUGAUCUUCCUGAGCUCACAAUUCUUCGAGGCGAUUCGAAUGAAACGAGUACAAUAAAGACAUCCUUGCUUGUUGGGGCAGAUGGGCACAAUUCUUUAAUCCGUAGAUCUUCAGGAAUUCAUACUAUCGGUUGGCAACAUGAUCAGUCGGCUAUCAUUGCAAAUCUUAACCUUAAUCCUGAUUAUGAUUAUACGGUCGCUUGGCAACGUUUCACUGAGACUGGUCCAAUAGCGUUUCUGCCAUUUGGACCACAGAGGUGUUCCGUCACCUGGAGCACAACCCGUGCUGAAGCGAAACGCCUGAUGGGCCUUAGUGACGAGGAAUUUGUGCGCGAGCUGAAUAACCACAUGUCUCAACCUUGCUAUCAUCCCAAAGGUGUCGUCUCAGCCUUUGCCAAGGCUCUUCGGAUGGCCGUUUCCAACAAGAAAACCUCCUUUGAUCCACCCAAAGUCCUCUCCGUACAACCCGGUACUAGGGCUGUCUUUCCUUUGAACUUUAGCCAUUGUACUUUCUAUCAUGGACCUCGAGUGGCUCUUAUUGGUGAUGCUGCUCAUCGUAUUUUACCACUUUCUGGCCAAGGUAUAAAUAUGGGUUUCGGCGACGCUGCCUGUUUGGCUGAAAUGAUCAAUAAAGCCUUAUUUUAUGGCGAAGAUAUUGCAAGCCCCAAAUACCUUGCAAAAUUCACAUCUGAGCGUCAACGUUCAGUCUUCCCAAUGGGUGUCUUUAUUGAGGGUAUUCAAGCCCUUUACACACCGGAUGAGGUUUUCGGUGGACCCUUAACGUACUCUGGACCUGCCUCCAGUAAUCUAGCCCGUCUUCGUCGACUCAGUUAUAAAUUUGGGGUUUCCGAUGCUCUGCUCAGUUUGAGAGGUCUAGGCCUUGAUCUUGUUGAUGCUUGCGGACCUGCUAAGCGAUUCUUUGUUGAAGGAGCAGUCAAAGGUCGAAUCCAGUUACCGUCUCUUCGCUCAUUUUUCUAG